AUGGACAACACAAAUACUACUUCAAGUGGUGACGAUGGUUUUGAUAUCGUCAACGACCCAAGCGUCACGACCAUUCCUUCUUCCACCGUAAAACAUUCCGACAAUCAACCUUUUGACGCUACUGACAAUACUGGUGCAACCGCCGCAGCCGCAACAGUGUCCGAGAUUCCCGUGAAGCUCCUCUAUUCUAAAUCCAAAGUAUAUGUUCAUCCGUCCACCAGUGCCAGCGAUUACAUUCCAGGUUACAUUUCGAUUGUUGAGAAGGCCUCAUGUGAAUAUCUGGUCGCGUGGACGCCCGAAGCAGAGAUACUUUCCAAGGAUAUGGAUGCCUAUGUCAAAGUGGAUAGCAACCCAGAAGACGAAAACGAAGAUGUAUCCUCGACAAUUAUGCUGUCUUCAGUGAUCGAUUUGCCAGACAAAAGUUCUCUAUAUGGAUUAUCAAGGCCAUUGAAUGACAUUCGAUCACUGGUUGUUCAUCCGCCCUCUUUCACGAAAUGGUACGGAAGUAUCGUGAUCAAUUUCACGGACGGGUCAUCGUCUGCGCCGUUAUGGUUUCAUGAUGACGAAAGUCGUAGUACGGUGUUACAAAAAAAUACACAAGGUGGCAAGUUUAGCGAGGGUGGCGAGAGCGAUAAAACUGCUGGCCGCCGUCGUAGCAAUAACCAAGUGCGAUGGGGAGGUGAUGAGUUCAUGUAUCGACUCAGUCAAUUGACAUUUAUCCAACAAUCAAAUGAGGAUACCCAUCUUUAUCUUGUCGGAGGCAGUCAUCCACGUCAAAAGAGCCAAGAUAAUGAUCGUACAGCCAAAGAGAAACAGCAAGAAAGUACUACCCAAAAGGCCAUUACCGAGAAAAAAUCCACAACAAGUGGCGGCAGCAGCGGCAGCAGCAGCAGCAGCAGCAGCAGCAGGAACAGCAAAGGUGGACAUCAAUUCGAUACAUCUGUUUUUGACUCUGCGCAGAUGGAUCCAUGGGUUGCUACUUGGAAAGAGUUCAAAUGGAAUGCUUUGGAAAAGCUUUCUCGGAUUACCACGUUCACUCGUAGCACGACUGCUGCUGCCACCGGUCAAGUUGUUCCACAUCUUCCACCUAAGCUACAAGCUGCACUCAACACAGACGCCGUCAGGGCAACUACCCAAGACUACGACUCAGCUAGAAUCUAUCUGGCCAAGUGGGCUGCUGAUUUGGCUGCGCGAUCUGAGCAAGACACGCCAUUGGAGAGAAGAUAUCGUAAUGUUGGCAUUUGGGGACAUGGUGAUGCCUGGGAGGAGGAAACUGCACUCGGUGUAUUUGAAGUAUUGAACUCGGAGAAUGAUUUUUCGAUUCCAACGCAUACAAGAACCAAGCCCAUCACCGAAGAAGAAUGGAAUACUUUUUUUGAUGAUACGGGCAGACUUUCAGUAGGCGAACCAUACGUGCAAAAGCGAAUAUUCUGUGGCGGAUUGGAGCCAAGCAUAAGAAAGGAAGCAUGGUUGUUUCUUCUUGACGUCUAUCCAUGGGACUCAACUUCUGCCCAAAGAGAGCAAUUGGCCGAGAAAUAUAGGGCCUCUUAUGCAGAAAUUCGUAGUCGAUGGUUGGACAACCCUGAAGUGAGACAAAGUUCCGAAUUCAUGGAUCAGAAGCACCGAAUAGAUAAGGAUGUGCAUCGAACAGAUAGAACAGUCGCAUUCUAUGCCAAAGAGGAUAUGCCAAACCCUGAUCCGAUUAUGCAUGUGGGCACCAACAAAAACCUGGAGAAGCUUAAAGAAAUCCUUUGUACAUACAAUAUGCUGGAUAAUGAUCUUGGCUAUGUUCAAGGGAUGUCCGAUCUCUUGUCACCUCUGUACAUGGUUAUUCAAGAUGACCUCGUUUUCCAAGCAUUCGUGGGCUUCAUGAACCGUGCUAAGUCCAAUUUCUAUAUGGAUCAAACUGGCAUGCGUCGUCACUUAUUGACCAUGGAUACCCUAUUGCAAUUCAUGGACCCCAAGUUAUACAAACACUUCCAACGAACAGAUAGUGACAAUCUAUUUUUCUGCUUCCGAUGGUUCUUGGUUUGGUUCAAGCGCGAGCUUUCCUGGGAUGAUACACUGACAAUGUGGGAAGUGUUAUGGAGUAAUUAUUUGACCGAGCAUUUCACCUUCUUUGUUGCCCUCUCCAUCUUGGAUCAACAUCGAGAUGCCAUCAUUGAUUACCUUCAAAGCUUCGAUGAAAUACUCAAGUAUAUCAAUGAUCUUUCCAUGGCGAUAAACUUACAAGAAACGCUACAGCGUGCCGAGAUUCUUUAUUACCAGUUCCGUCAGCGCGUUGAAGCUGUGGAUAACAAGAAGGAAAGAUUACAGGAACUUCUUUCAACAAAAAACAAAGAAGCGGUGGAUGACGAGGACUGGAAGCAGGCUCAGAAGGAUUUAUCAAAACUACCAGAUGUCAGCGAAUUGCUACGAAGACUCUAUUGUUCAGAAGAUAAAAAUGAACAAGGGUCAUCGACGAUGAACGAGAAAGGACAGUAAAAUUCGAGAGAAUCAGAAUUAUUCUCUGUGGUAGUAAUCUAGUGAAAUUCCAUCAGGACCUGUAUGCAGUUAUCAGGGCACUUUUUUCUGUUGUACGCAUAACAGCAACAACAUAUUGUAAUAUCCCAUCCAAAUUCCAUCUAUUCCACCAAUUUAUAGUACGUAUAUAAACAUCGUGGUAUUGUAACGCUUAAAUCAUCACACUGCAUUACAGCUUGCCAACGCAUCAAACGGCGCUGGUACCUAUGAGAAAGAAGCGCUCCAUUACAAUUGCUGUCAAUUUUUCUUUCAAAAAUAUAUCCUCGUGCCGAAUUUAUGCUCACAUACAACAGACACUCAACAAAACCAAAAUGUUGAUUAGCUAAACGCGCACUGUGUGUACAAAUGAGCAGCUCGAUUUACGACUGUAAAAAGGUUUGACAGGUUUCCAAUAAG